AUGAGUUCAUCGCGAGAGAAUCCAUUAUGCUUCUCAAGAUAUGAUUUGACAACCGAGAUGAAACGCUCGAUAGUGGCUCCCCCGCCCAUAAAGCGUCUAAUCAGAAAGGUGUCAAUAGACGACUGGCAUAUUAAAACAGAAGGAGUUUGUGGAUGGUAUACAUACACUGUAUAUCAAAUCUCGACAGUUUAUCAAACGCCGAAUGGACCACUUUGUAGCGCGAUAUCAUGUAAACGAUACUCGGCAUUCGUUCAAUUAUACAAUACAUUAGCUGAUAGAUACGGAUGGGUGAGAUUGCCUCGCCUUCCACCAAAACGUUACGUGGGUAAUACGGAAGAGCCGUUCAUUCGACGACGAAAAGAAGAAUUAGAAUCAUUCCUCAAUUAUCUCAUUGAAUGGCGAGAUAAUGACUUGGAUAUUGUGACGUUUCUUGGCAUUAGUGCAGACGCUAUAAUUAAGGAACAUACGCAACGAUCCGAGAAACAGAGGCAAGACAAAAGCAUCCUCGUCAACAAAGACCGAUUUCGUAUUAAAAAAUCUAGAUCUGUAAGGUGGAGUGAUCAAUCAUUCGAAGAGGACUGGAAAGUUUGCCAAAAAAGUCAGUUAUGA